AUGACUGCAGACAUAAAGAUCGAGUUGGGCCACUCCGGCCCGAAGUCGGUUGAACACAACGAUUACGCCGUCCCAGACGUCGUCCCUCAGGCCGAGCUCUUGGGAGAACAUGUUAGCUAUGGACCAGACGGCCUUCGCGGCCUUCUGACCUCUGGAUACGUGUUCGGGGCAGCUUUCCUCGCUUCUCUGGGCGGGUUUUCCUUCGGAUACGACCAAGGCGUCAUCUCCAUCAUCAACGUGAUGCCUCAGUUCCAUAAUGCGUACCCAAGGACUACGACUCCCUUUGGAACCAGUUUUAUGACAGCCAUGUUGUUGCUCGGGGCUUUUAUAGGAUGUCUGUUUAUGUCUUAUAUGUGCGACAAGAUCUCUCGCAAGUGGGCCUUGACUGUGGUGGUGAUUAUCUUCGACAUCGGUGCCAUUAUUCAGACUGCAGCUCCAAACUACGCCUCCCUCGUCCUUGGUAGAGCUAUCGGAGGCGUUGGUGUCGGCACUCUUGCUAUGGGCGCGCCGCUUUACAUCUCAGAGAUUUCCCCACCAAAUCUUCGAGGAACCCUUCUUGUCCUUGAAUCCAUCUCCAUCGUGUCUGGCGUCGUCAUUGCUUUCUGGAUCACCUUUGCCACAAGACACUUGUCUAGCGAAGCUUCCUUCAGGCUUCCUUUUGGAUUGCAGAUGGUGUGCGCCACAAUCCUUGGCUUGGGCAUUCAUGCCUUCCCCUAUUCACCACGAUGGCUCGGCUUAGUUAGUCGCCAUGAGGAGUGUCUAAAAAGUCUAUGCAAGUUGCGAGGUCUGCCCGCCAACGAUAACCGAGUCCAGGCUGAAUAUAGGGGCAUUCUGGCUGAAGUUGAGUUCCAGAAGACAAUUACGGAGCAGAAACAUCCCGGGCUCAAGGGCCUCAGGCUCGAGGUGGUCCUGUGGGGCGAUCUUUUGAAGCGCAAGAUGUGGCAUAGAAGUAUUGUCGGAUGUGGCGUGGCAUUCUUCCAGCAGUUUUCCGGCAUCAAUGCUUUCAUCUAUUACGCACCUACCCUUUUCAGCUCUCUUGGCAAUUCGGACGAAAUGUCACUGAUCUUAUCAGGCGUCUUCAAUGUUCUCCAACUCGUCGCCGUUGCCAUCUGCUUCGCCAUCAUCGACAAACUCGGACGAAGACCUCUGGCUAUUAUCGGAGGGUUCGGAUCCUGCAUUUGCUACAUCGUCAUUGCGGGGCUCUCCGGAGUCUAUGAGAGAGACUGGUCACAAAACUCGACUGCUGGUUGGGCGUGCGUGGCCAUGGCAUUCUGCUUCAUUCUUGUCUAUGGAGUCUCUUACUCGCCUUUGGGUUGGACUCUGCCGUCUGAGGUCUUUCCCAACUCACUACGAGCAAAGGGCGUGGCACUGGCUAUCAGCGUCACCUGGCUGUCCAACUUUACCGUGGGCAUCGCUACACCACCCAUGAUCGCAAACAUUCACUAUGGAACCUAUAUUUUCUUCGCGUUCUGGUGCGGUCUCUCCGGUAUUUGGGCUGUUCUCCUGGUGCCUGAAACAAAGGGGAAGACCUUGGAAGAGAUGGAUGAACUCUUCGGAGAUGCCGAUGGAGAGGAGGGCAGGGAGGCCGUGCAUGCGGCACUGCAGGUUGCUCUCAGAUCCGCCAGCAUCUCCGUUCCAAAGCACGAUUUGUAA